CGCCCAGCCCAGUCUUUGGGCAGACGAUGUCAUGUCACUCAGAAAGUACUGGACUAACUUACUACACACAACCACACACACAUCGCUACGUACGAUGACGUCCUACUCGAUGGUGUUUUUUGUUUUUCAGGUCGUCGGUCCAGAGAAACAAAUAAGCUCAUCGUGCCGGACCUGAACUAUAUAAUCCCCGAGUCCCACUUCUCUGCUCCUUUCCCCAUCGUUCACCUGCAGAAGAUCGCACUCAUCUCUCAAUUGUCAAAUCGCUCUCAACGCUAUUUCUCCAGUCGUUGUUCUGUUGCUGACCCUCCGCCAACGAGAUCUAAACCUCCAACCGCGCUAGUCUUGUCCUGCAUCACCCUUUAGCUUCAUUCCACAUUACCUGAGUCUCCAGUCUUUCACCAUGCCUGUUAUCUCCCGACUAAUCUCGAUCGUUUUUCGUGUGGUGGAAGUCGUCUGCGCUGCAGUGGUUGCCGGUAUCAUCGGACAUUACUUGCACCAAUACAGCGGUGAUGCCUGGCCGGUGGCCCGAUGGAUUUACACUGAAGUCAUCGCCGGCCUAUCGAUACUACUGGGAUUGAUAUGGCUGAUCCCAUUCUCGUCGGGCUUCUUCUCCUGGCCAUUUGAUGUCAUCAUCUCCUUUGCCUGGUUUGCUGCCUUCGGAAUAUUGGUCGACGCGAUCCAUAAGCUCAAUUGUGGCUCAAUCUGGUACUGGGGUGGUAUCACCCACAACAACUCGUGUGGCCGGUGGAAGGCGGCCGAGGCUUUCAGCUUCAUCUCCGCCAUCGUCUGGCUGGCCUCGGCGCUCGUGGGCAUCUGGUUCACUUUCCGCGUCCGCGACUCAACCGCUCCCCGACAUUCACGAUCUUCUUCUUUCGAGAAGGGCUCGCAAGACUAUCCUCUGACGGUGCUGGAGCCUGAAAAUGACUCCGACAGCAGCCACUUGGUUGUGAUUGGGCGGGAAAGCUCCGACGGCCGGCCCGAUGCAGGCACGAGGGAUCCUCUGCUGCCCACCGCAACUCCCAAUCCUCAGCGGCGUCAAGAGCCUGAUAAAUUAUCAUGCUCGAUCUCUGGCAUUUGCAAUUGGAUCAAAGGCCCAGCUCUGCCAUUGAAGUACGAGAUUACCCCGUGGCUAGUCCGCUGGCAGACGGCCCCGGCGCGGUUCAUUGAGCACCACUUUCCCAGCACUCGCGCUAGAGCAUCGCUCCUUGUGGCUUGCAUCGCAUUGUGGGGGGUCAUAUUCCUGUCGAUCCUGCAUGUAUCGAUCACCGGGCAGGAAGUCGCUGGGUAUGGGGUUCCAGUCAAGCUCUCCUGUCAUGCCCGGCUUUGGUAUAAUGCCACUGAAUGCGGUCUAAAUGGAGACGCCUGUCGUCCCUUCGAUAACGGUGGCUUCGCAUUCCGCUGUCCCGCCAGCUGUAACGAUGCGAUCUUGCUGGAGCCCUACGUUGUCGGGCCUGCAGAGUACAACUACCGCCCCCUAGUCAUCGGCGGAUCCCUUCAAGACGAUCCCGCAGCAAACAGCAGCCACAGAGAUCCAGGCAUCUACCGCGGCGACUCGGCCAUCUGCCCUGCGGCAUUUCACGCCGGCCUCAUCACCAGCCAGACCGGCGGCUGCGGCGUACUUCGUCGAACAGGCGAGCACAGCGACUACCCCUCCGUCCCCAAGAACGGGCUCACGAGCAUCGGCUUCCGGUCCACCUUCCCACUCUCCUUCACUUUCGACGCGGACCCAUCCGGAGGAUCCAGCUGCCGCGACCAGCGCUGGCCACUGUUCACCUUCUCGCUCAUCGCAACAACCCUCAUCUCCCUCUUCACCACCUCAUCCGCAGGCUUCUUCGCUGCGAUCUACUUCAUCAUCUACUUCCAAGUCGCGCUCUCCUCCGAUCCCCCCUACUCACCAAACUACCUAGAGAUUGUCUCCACCGCGCUAGGCCGCUUCCUCCCCUGCGCCAUCGUCGGCUGGGUCAUCUACCACUUCACCGUGCGCCGCACGCUCGGCCAAGGCGAGCACACCCUCGCCGCCCGCUGGGACCAGACCGCCCUCUGGCUAGGACCCUGCUGGGUCGGCGCGCUCAACCGCGACACCUUCGACAAGAUCCCGAUCUCGCGCCUGACGCCGCACGAUCUGCAGCAACAACCCGGGGCCAUCCCCGCCCUGAUAAUCAUCGUCGCCUGCCUGGUGCUGGUCGUGCUCACGCAGGCCCUGGCCUUCCGCCGCGAAGGCCGCCUCCCGCACAUGCUGACUCUCUACGCCAUCUUCGCGGCGGGCAUCAUCAUCCUCCUCCUUGUGCCAGACAUGAACCUCCGCAUCCACCACUACAUCCUCAGCCUCCUCUUCCUCCCCGGCACCAGCCUGCAAACCCGCCCCAGCCUCGUAUACCAGGGCCUGCUCGUCGGGCUAUUCAUCAACGGUAUCGCACGCUGGGGCUUCGAUUCCAUCCUCCAGACCAGUGCCGCGUUGCUGGAGGGCGCGCAAUUGGGGAGUGUGCUGCCCGCUGUCGGCGCGCCUAUCAUCCUCGGAGCUACGCAGAUUGCGUUCGCGGUGGGCCGCGAGCACUUGGUGAAUGGAACGGCAGCGGCGGCAGUGGGCGACGGGGUGAGCGUUCUGGUGAAUGAUGUGGAGCGGUACAGGGGGUUUUGGUCGGAUUUGAUGGAUCCUCAUAAUGGCGAGGCACUCUUCAAUUGGACAAGGAGGGUGGAGGGCGAGGACGAGUAUUUCCGGUUUGCGUUUGUGCGGUUGAAUGCGCUGGGCGGAUUCUGGUAUGAGGAUUUCACGAAGCCGGGGGUGUGGACGAAGGACGGGGCGUGGAGGGGGUGA